GGAUCUCGCAUAGGAAAUACUUUCGCAGUUUCUCGAUCCAAUCUCAUCGCCGUUCUGCAAUUCACGCUUCAAAGAGAAGUUCACAUAUAGCAACUGUCAACUACCUGGGAAUGCGGAAUGAUGUGUUCAAACGUUGGUAAUCUCUUCACUAAGACCUGCAUGGUUGCAAGUCCAUAUGAACAACUGGUGCUCCUUGAUGAAGUUGGAUUCGAACAUCAGAACACAUUCAGUCGAUAUGCUCACAUGCACAAUGAAGCUGCACUUUGCAGGGUUCCUGUCCUUUUGAAGAUUGAGCUUGUUGAAGACGGUUAGGUCUUCCGUUCAAGAAUCCUGCUUGUGUAAAAAAAUAAUCUGUGUUAGCAGGAGAUAAGUUUGCAGUACUUUACUAGGGUUUCUUUAAAAUGGAGAAUGUGGGAAAUGUGUUGAUGCAAAAGUAUGAAUUCGGGAAAAUGCUUGGUCAAGGUAAUUUUGCUAAAGUUUAUCAUGGACGUGACUUGAAAUCGGGCGAAAGUAUAGCCAUUAAAGUAAUUGACAAGGAAAAGGUUUUGAGGGUUGGACUGAUUGAUCAGACCAAGCGGGAGAUAUCCGUUAUGGGACUGGUAAAACACCCAAAUAUAGUGCAGCUUUAUGAGGUCAUGGCCACCAAAACAAAGAUUUACUUUGCAAUGGAAUAUGCAAAAGGUGGGGAGCUAUUUGACAAGGUGUCUAAGGGAAGGCUCAAGGAAGACAUUGCUAGGAAGUAUUUUCAACAACUAAUCUGUGCCGUUGAUUUUUGCCACAGCCGAGGUGUCUUUCAUCGUGACUUGAAACCAGAAAACCUGCUGCUAGACGAUAAUGGAAGUCUAAAGGUGACAGACUUUGGGUUAAGUGUUCAUUCGUCAUGCACUCGGAUAGAUGGAUUGCUUCACACAACGUGCGGCACUCCAGCCUACGUUGCGCCUGAAGUAAUUAGCAGAAAAGGCUAUGAUGGUGCUAAAGCUGACAUUUGGUCUUGCGGGGUGAUUUUAUUUGUCCUUCUGACGGGUCAUCUUCCAUUUAAUGACUCAAACAUCAUACAGAUGUAUAAAAAGAUAAGCAAGGCUGAUUAUAAAUGUCCUAAUUGGUUUCCACCAGAAGUUCGUAGACUGCUCAAAAGAAUUCUUGAUCCGAAUCCGGUUACUAGGAUUUCCAUGAAAAAGAUCAUGGAAAACCCCUGGUUCAGGAGAGGAUUAGACACGAAGCAGACGAGCAACACUGUGGAAAAAGAAAUGCCUUCAAUAAAUGCUGAUGCAGUCUUCAGUCCUUCAGAAAAAUCUUUUGAGCCAAAAAAGCCAGAUUUCACCAAGGUCUCUAGUCUUAAUGCCUUUGAUAUCAUUUCUCUGUCAACCGGAUUUGACUUGUCUGGUUUGUUUGUUGAAAAUGAUGAAAAAGAUGAAGUGAAAUUUACUUCCACUGAACCUGCCUCAGCUAUCAUAUCCAAAAUGGAGCAAAUUGCCACACGGUUAAAGCUGGAAGUAGGUAUGAAGAAGGGAGGGCAGUUAAAAUUCAGGAGACCAAGUGAAGGUAGAAAUGGGCCACUAUCCAUUGAUGUGGAAAUAUUCGAAAUCACUUCCUCCUUUCAUUUGGUAGAGGUGACAAAGUCGUGCGGUGAUACAUUGGAGUAUCAAAAGAUAUUAAAACAGGACAUAAGACCAGCUCUCAAGGAAAUUGUUUGGGCCUGGCAUGGUGAGUAACCAUAACAUUGGUAACUAGUUACCAUAGAAGCAUUUUAUCUUCCAGAAAUUUCCGAACUUUUCAAUUGCUUUUGUAUCUUUAUCAUGUAAUCUCAAGAUAUCCCUAAUUUGUUCUGUGUCAACCUUGCUAUGAAGAUCGCUAAUAUAAGUGAGAACUUGUUUAGAUUUGUGUUAAAACCCUCUUGUUCUAUUGUUAAUUGUUAUCCCCCC